CCAACCCCCCCACUCUCUCUCUACGCUCUUCAUUUUAAAAUUCUAUUCUUUUGAGUCUCGUCCUCUCCCCUCCCCUUCUUCAGUUUCCCCUUCUUUAAUUCAUCUUCUUCUUUAAACAUAAGCAUAUAACACACCAUUUGUAGAGAGAGAAAGAGAGAGAGAGAGGGAGAGAGAGAGAGUAAUAAGGAAGGCGCUAGCUUGAGAGUUUCUUCUGAUACAAAUGCGGCAGCUGCAGCUGAGAAGCAGAAGCCUGAAGCGGCUGCUGUCCAUCGGCCGCAGAAGCCGAGCCGAAGAAGCAGCAUCUGAGGAAAGCACUUCUCCUCCCCUCCAUGAGAACAAAACCUUAGUAGUAGACCCUGCACUCAUUAAUGAUUCAAACCCCCCUCAGAAACCAACCUGGAGAUGCUUCUCCUACGAAGAGAUCCGCACAGCCACCAACGGCUUCCACCAAGAUAACUUGGUGGGGAGAGGCGGGUACGCGGAGGUGUACAGAGGCGUCAUGCAGAACGGGGAGGUGAUUGCCGUGAAAAGGCUAACGCAGGCCGCCACCGACGAGCAAAAGGAGAAGGACUUCUUGACGGAGCUCGGCACGAUCGGCCACGUCCGACACCCGAACGUUUCGUGCCUCCUCGGCUGCUGCGUCGACCGCGAGCUCUACCUAAUCUUCGAGUUCUCUUCGCGGGGCUCCGUGUCCUCUAACCUCCACGACGAGAAUUCGGCGCCGAUGGCGUGGAAAUUGAGGUUCGAGAUCGCAGUCGGGACGGCGCGGGGGCUUCAGUACCUCCACAAGGGGUGUCAGAGGAGGAUCAUACACAGAGAUAUCAAGACAUCAAAUGUACUCCUCACAUCAAACUUCGUACCCCAGAUUUCCGAUUUCGGGCUCGCGAGAUGGCUUCCGAAGGAGUGGACCCACCGGGCCGUCGCCCCGAUCGAAGGCACAUUCGGGUGCCUAGCACCGGAGUAUUUUACGCACGGAAUCGUCGACGAGAAAACCGACGUGUUCGCGUUCGGAGUGUUUCUCUUGGAGCUCAUAUCAGGGAGGAAACCAGUUGAUGGGUCUCACAAGAGCUUGCUUAGCUGGGCUAAGCCAUAUCUCAGUGAUGGCAUUGUGGAAGCAUUGGUGGAUCCGCGGCUCGGCGGCGGCGGCGGCUACGACGUCGAGCAGCUGAAGCGGCUUACGUUCGUCGCGGCUCUCUGCAUUAGAGCAUCCGCGACAUGGCGGCCUUCGAUGACCGAGGUCUUUGAGCUUCUCGAGGACGGCGAGAUCUCGCAGGAGCGGUGGAAGAUGCCGGAGGAGGAGGAGGACGAGUUCUGGGGAUUCGACGAUCUCGACGACGAUCACGAAUUCGAUACCCCCUCUUCAUCUUCAUCACUUAUAAGCACUUAGCCAUGAUUAGGUUGCGAGUUAAUUUAAACCCAUUUGGAUGGGAGGUUAUUACAUGAGGAGGAUUUUAAUGUACAUAUAUUAAUUUAUAUGUUUAUAUAGCUACUUAGUCCUGUGGCGAUCUGAGAUUUGUAGUG